AUGAGUAGUACGACGGCCGCCGAUGGUAUGGAAGGUAUUUCCAAUUCAGAUUUUGACAUCAAUAUUCUUCAGGAUCCAUUGAUUGAUCCAGUGGUUGAUAUGAAAUUCCCCUUGCCAAUCGAUAAGGAAACAUAUAUCGAUAGUCCAAAUAAUGUCAAGACAUUACAUCAGUCAUUUAACUUGUUGCACUCAGCAUAUCGCUUCUUUACAGGAGCACAAUACUAUGACAAGAUUUACAAGGAUGUUGAAUACAAGUAUUUUAUGAAUAAACACGAUGAAUCAUUCAAGAAGAAAUUCAAAGACCACAUGGAUGGAAAAUUGGAGAAGGAUGACCCUAAAUUGGAUGAAAUUGUAUACAAUUUGAUCAAUCAAGAAUUGAAUAUGAAAUUGAUCAAGGCAUCUGAAUUCAAAGCUAGAUUCAAGGAAGUUAAAGACUACAUGAUCAAGUACUACAAGGCUCAAAAUGAAAUCAAUUUGCCCACUUUUGCAUCACAUCAAUUCAUAAGAAGUGCUUAUGUCACUGUUAUGACAAUUAUGCAAAAAUUGUUUCCAAAGGGAAUUUGGGUCUCUAACCAAGAAAUGUCAAAUUUGUUUCAAAAAUACAUUCAAAACCCCAUGUCGAUUAUAUGGUCACCAUCACAUCAGUCACAUUUGGAUUAUGUCAUCAUUCAUUUGAUGUCAAUCAGAUUCAAUAUCGCCACUCCAUCAGUUAUUGCCGGAGAGAAUUUAAAUGUGGCAAUUGUUGGUAAUCUCUUGAAGAAGUUGGGUGCCAUCUUUAUUCCACGGUCAUUCAACAACGAAUUAUACACCGAACGUAAUUUGAACAAUGUGAUGGAGUUUCUCUUGGUCAAUAACACUCCGUUUGAAGUUUUCAUUGAAGGAACUAGAUCAAGAGAUGGCAAGUUGUUGUUACCAAAGUAUGGAAUAUUGAAGUCGUUGGUGUCAAUAUACUUGAAACAACGUAACGAGGACCACAAUGCGUCAUUUGAUAUGUUGUUUCAACCACUUGGUGUUACUUAUGAACGUAUUUAUGAAAACGAUUCGUUUUUGAAGGAGUUGAGAGGAGAUGAUAAGACGCAAGAAAGUCUUUUUGGUAUAGUUUCAGUGGCAACUCUGGCAUUCUUCCCCAAGAAGGAUCAAUUGAUUCAUGAUAAAGAUGGUUAUUACGACAAUUCAACUCGUAAUUUGACUGGUAAAAUUUUUGUUAAAUUGGGACAAAGUUUCACAUUGAGCGAGUUUCUCGCUAGUGAGCAACAACAACACAGAGACGUUGAAAUCAAGAGUGAAAAAGAUGUCAAUUUGAAGAAAUUGGGAUUCAAGAUUUUACAUGAGGUCAAUCGUAUUGCAUUCAUUCCUGAAAUUUCCAUUAUUGGCACUGCUUUACAAGCUUAUACUGACUAUAGUGGGAAAACAUUGUUUACAACCAGUGAAAUGAUUCCUACAAUGAGAUUAGUUUUGAAAUUGUUGUUUAGGGAGAAUGAGUCGUCAGUGACAAACAAGAUUAUUUUGAAGGACAUGUUGGAUGCUAGUGAUGACGAGCUUGAGUCGGUGAUCAAAUACUGCAUUGCUUCAUUCUUUAGAUUUAUCAAAGUUAACGAAAAGAAAAACUUGAUCAAGAUUGAAUCCCCUAUUGAGUUGUUGUAUUACAAGAACUUGACCAUCCAUUUGAUUAUACACAAAUGCAUUGCCAUGUAUCUCCUAAUGUUGCUUGAUGGAGAGUACAGUGCCAAUAGAAGGAUAUUGGGUAAAUUGUUUUACGUGGUUACAAGUUUGUUAAAGAAUGAGUUUUUAUUUGACUAUGAUGAAAACCCAAGAAACAAUUUGAAUUUCAUACUUGAUGAUUUGGUUGAACAAGGAAUCAUCAGUAGAGUUGAGCCAAGAAAAGCAAUCGCCAAUUCAGACACAUCAUCAGCAUCGUUUGCCUCCAGUACUACAUCCUCAUCCUCAUCCUCAUCUUCUUCUGCUACUCUUGUCAGCGAUAGUGAGGAUGACGUCCCUGACUUGCCGUAUUACAAGAUUGAAGAUCGUCAAUACGUUAAAACAUUUGCCAAUUUAGCCCAACCAUUUAUCGAAUCGUACAUUGUUUUAAUCACAAAUAUUUUGGAAAUGACUACUAAUUUGGCCAACAACUACGCCCGUGCCAAGCGUCAACAAACCCAUGCUAAAAUUAUUUUGGACGAUGAAGAUUUGAAAUAUCCAACCACAAAGGGAUUACUCAAGUACAUUAUAGAUCAACUGAAAAAGAAAGCCAGAUUCAAAUCCUUGGAAUCGAUAAACAAGCAAUAUUUGGUUAGUGAUUUAUAUUAUUUGAACAACUUGCAGUUGGUGAAAAUCUUUAAAAAUAAAGCCAAAACUAAGGCUUUUGUGCAAAUCUUGAACCCCAAGGAUCUUGAUAUAUUGAACCAGUUCUUGAUGCAGUUGUUGAACUUGAGUCAUGGGGAAAAGAGCUUGUUGGUUGAUGAUGUGAAUAUCAGUUAUAUAAUUGAUAUUGUUGAUAAGAAUUUUGAUCGUGAUUCGCAGCAAAUAAGGAGAUACCGCCAGGGAUUUAAGUUGUAG